GAAUAAUAGGGAGAGACAUAUGGAAGACAUAAAUGAGAGUAUAAAUAAAUGUAAGGGGGUGAUACCAUAAUUAAUGGUGUGUAUAUGCAUCCAUCCAAUCCAUAACCCUCAUCUUCUCUGUUUCUCAUAUCUCAUCAUCAUCAUCAGUUACAAUCACAAAUCACAAUUAUAUCACCUCUCUCUCUCUCUCUCUCUCUCUCUCUCUCUCUCUCUCUCUCGGUUUCAUCUAGCUACAUACAAUACAACAAACAAACACACACCUCUUCUCUUCUCUUCUCAAUUCUCAUCUCAUAACUCAUAACAAUAACAACUCCGUUUUCUUUUCAGUUUCCGUGUCCACUUUCUCAGGAAAGAAAAAACCCACGCUUCUUUUCUGUUCAAAAUUAAACACCGUCCCUCCACUUUUAACGCUCUUUUUUCCUUCAACGCCAAUAUCAAACCAAAGAGUUUUCUUCAAGGAUUAGUUUAAUAAAAAACAAAAGAAACCCAUAAAUUACAUUGUUUCCAUAACAAUCUUUUCCAACAAUUACACAUAGCGUUCAAUUCACAACAUUGCCUGCAAAGACAGAGAAAAACAGAGAGAUAACAAAAACCCAAAACAGAGAGAUAUAAUUAGCGAAUGACACUUAGAUUUUGCGGCUAAUUCGGUGUCUAAACAUCAAAAAAUAGAAAUUAAAUUGAAAUCCCAAAUUAAUCUCUAUACCCCUUUUCAAUUCUCUCUCUCUCUUUCUCUGUCUCUCUCUGUUUUUUUUUUUUCCUAUCUGGGUUGUCUCUGUUUUUUUCAGGGUUGGGAGAGAAGCUGAAAAACACCCUCUUUUCCUCUUCCCUCCCUUCUCUCUCUUUCUCUCUCUCAAUAUUUUUCAUUUCUCUCUCUAAAAGUCAUGAUUUUUAAUAAAGGGUCAAUGCAUUCUAACCUUGAUUGUUUCGUUCGUUGUACAACACCCGUUGUUCAAUCUCAGUUUCUUCCUAAGUCGGAGAUUACAAACCUUAACCGUUUGUGGCAACCAUGGGAAAGAGAAAGAGUUGAAUAUUUCACCUUAGGUGAUCUUUGGAAUUGUUAUGAUGAAUGGAGUGCUUAUGGAACUGGUGUUCCAAUCACGUUAACUAGUGGUGAAACACUUGUACAGUACUAUGUUCCUUAUCUUUCUGCAAUUCAGAUUUUCACUAGCAAUACUUAUAGGGAAGAAACAGAAUCAGGUGAUUGUGAGACAAGGGAUUCAUACAGUGAUUCUUAUAGUGAUGAGAGUGAGUGUGAUAAAUUAUGGAGAUGGGAUGGAACUUCAUCAGAAGAAGGAGGAUAUGAACAAGAUUGUCUUUGGCAUUUGAAUGAUAGAUUGGGUCAUCUCUAUUGUCAAUAUUUUGAAAGAUCAAAUCCAUAUGGAAGAGUUCCUCUAAUGGAUAAGAUAUCUGGAUUAGCUCAAAGAUACCCAGGGUUAAUGUCAUUAAGAAGUGUGGAUCUUUCACCAGCAAGUUGGAUGGCUGUUGCUUGGUACCCAAUAUAUCACAUUCCUAUGGGAAGAACAAUUAAAGAUCUUUCAACAUGCUUCCUCACUUACCACACACUUUCAUCUUCAUUUCAAGGGAUGGACCUAGAUGAUGAUAUUGAGGGUGGGCAAGUGAAGAAAAAAGAAGGAGAAAGCAUCUCAUUGCCAGCAUUUGGAUUGGCAACAUACAAAAUGCAAGGUGGGAAUGUGUGGGUUGCUGGUAAUCGUGGUCGGGACCAAGAAAGAUUAAUGUCACUAUUAAGUGUGGCAGAUUCAUGGUUGAAGCAACUAAGGGUUCAGCAUCAUGACUUUAAUUACUUCAUGGGCAUUCGUCAUGGCUAAAUUAAAAGAAAAAAAGGGAUUAUUAAUAUUCCCACUACUCUAAAAAUAUCUUUAGUUUUUUUUCUAUGCACUUUCUUGGACCAUUAAUUGCUCCUUUUGUGUUGUAUAUUGAGGGGGGUGUGAAAAAGAAUAUUGAGGAUAUGUAUGUAGUAGUAGUAGUUGAUUUGAGAUACUUGUUAACCCUUGAGAGUAUUUUAGGACCAACCCUUCCAUGGAAAAGGGUGAUUGAUGAAUUGACUCCUUUUUUAGUACUAGCUUUUAUAUGUUCCAAGAGGGAAUUGGAGAGAUGGAUAAGGGAGGGAGGGGUCAUGAGAGAGGGACAAAAGGUGAGAGACUAUAGAACUUUGAGCUUUAAUUGUGUAUAAUAUUGAAAGAUGUUGUUUCAAAGUUAAAAUACAAAUAUUGUAUGUGUCAUUGUACA